AAAAAGAAAGUCGUAAAAAAAGAGAAAGGGCGCAAAGCUCCAGUGGUGGAUGCCUUUUCCCUGAAGAAGAUGAGCAAGGAGCAGCUGGAGAAGCACGUUGUGCGUCUCCGGGAGGAGCUGGACCGGGAACGGGAAGAGCGCAACUACUUCCAGCUGGAGCGUGACAAGAUUCACACCUUCUGGGAGAAAACCCGCCAGCAGCUGGAGGAGAAUAGAACAGAGCUGCGGAACAAGGACCGGGAGAUGGAGGAGGCGGAACAGCGGCAUCAAGUGGAGAUCAGGGUUUACAAGCAGAAGGUGAAGCACUUGUUGUACGAACACCAGGAGAACCUCACCGAGGCGAAGGUGGAGGGCGCCCUGUCCAUGAAGCAGGCCCAGAAUGAUUACUGGGCCCAGGAGAUGGAGCUGCGUAGAGACAUGGACUCCCUGAAAGCUGAGUUGAAGGAGCAGGAGCUGGCCAGCGAGGUGAUGGUGAAAAACAUGCACCUGAAACAAGAGGAGAAGAUCAUUCGUCUGCGCAACGACUUCGAGAGAGAAAUGAAAGAGAUCGAGGCCAAGCACACCGAGAAGAUGGAGGCGCUGCAAGACAAGCUGGACUUGCGGCGGAAGACCGACAUCCACAAGGUGGAGGAGAGGAAGAACAACGAGAUCAAUGAGCUGAGGAAGGGCCACGAGAAGGCCUUUGCUGACAUGAAGACCUACUACAACCAUCUCACCGUCGAAAACCUGUCGUUAAUCAGGAUGCUGAAGGAGCAGAUGAAGGAGCUGAAGAUGAAGCAGAAUCGCUUGCGAAAGGAGAAGGCGGAUGUGCUGCUCGAGAACAAGCAGCUGAAGGAGCCCCUGCAGCAGGCCCAGAAGCAGAUGUCUGCGCUGCAGAAGAAGUUGGCCUACUAUGACCAGGACAAGGAGAUCCUGACGAGCACAAAAGCCCAUCUGAAAGUCACCCAGAAGGAACUGAAGGAUCUUCAGUGGGAACACGAGGUGCUGGUGCAGAGAUUCAGCAAGGUGCAGGCGGAGCGGGAUGAGCUCUACCAGAAGUUCACCAAAGCCAUUAACGAGGUGCAGCAGAAGACAGGUUUCAAGAACCUGCUCCUGGAACGCAAGCUGAAAGGACUCCUCAGCGUCCUGGAGAAAAAGGAGGUGGAGCUCAGCGAGGUCUUGGCAGCCUCCAACCUCGACCCAAGUGCCGUCUCCUUGGUCUCACGGAAGCUGGAG